CGACCCGCUUCUGCGUACAUUCUAUUCCAAAAUGAAGUUCGGGCUAAAUUGAAGGAGCAGAACCCCGAAUUACCCCAAUCAGAAUUAUUGAGUCUUAUCGGGAGACGAUGGACGUCCAUGUCUCAACAAGAGAAAGAAAGAUAUACAUCUGAGAACAUCAAGGCUAAAGAGAAGUAUCAGUCAGCAAAAGCUGCUUAUGAUGCACAGGGAGUCCCUAGCGACAUACCUGUGGUUGCAGAUAUUCCAGCUCCCACUAAAAAAGCUGCUGUUAUU